UGCCAUCUAUUACCUUGACAGAGAAUAACCCCGGAGGGCUGGGAAGCGUCAAGACAAUGUGUGCAACGAUGCUGGAGAUAUUUUCAAUUCUUGCCGUCCUCGCAGGCCACGUCGGCGGCGUUGUGGUGACUGUCCCUGAGAAGACAGUGAAUGUCACUACAGGUGGAAAUGCCACCCUCCUCUGCACCUACACGAGUUCUGCACCGCUGGGAAACUUCUUCAUUCAGUGGAGCUUUUACAGUGCCAAAGAGAGCCAGCUGCACACUAUCUAUUAUUAUUCAGGAGGCCAGUCUUACUCCUAUGGAGCAUUUAAGAACAGGAUAACAGCUGCAACAGGUCCAGGGAAUGCAUCAAUAACAAUCUCCAACAUGCAGCCCUCAGACACUGGUUCCUACACCUGUGAAGUUUUCAGCCCUCAGGGCGAUGCUGGACAGAGUCAAAAAUCUGUGAUUGUCAGUGUGCUGGUCAAACCAUCAACACCUUUCUGCAAAGUAGAAGGAACACCUGAAAAAGGGCAUCUAAUCUACCUCCUAUGCAGAUGUGAAGAGGGAUUGCCUCAUCCCACCUACCGCUGGUACAAAGUGGAGGAGAACACCCUCAAGCCUGUGACUGAACAAUUUAAUCCAAGCACUGGCAUUCUUUACAUUGGCAAUCUCACCACCUUUGAAACUGGCUAUUACCGGUGCGUAGCCAGCAAUGUCCUGGGGAACAGCACCUGUGAGCUUGACCUAACAGCAAAACAUUCAGACGGUGGUGUUGUUGCUGGAGCAUUAAUUGGAGCUAUCCUGGCAGCUGCUAUCAUUUGCAUUAUCGUCUGGGUCUUAACCAAGAAGGCAAAAAAUAGGAAGUCUUCAAAUAAUGAGAUGCAAGAAAUGGCUCAGAAACAAUCCAAUGCAGACUAUGUUCAGGUACCUAAUGAAGAAAACAUUCCUGCGACCACAGUUCCAUCGAGCAAUGCAACAAUGGAAUAUCCGAGUGGUGAUGAAACAACAGCCCCUGCAACACCUGAAAACAAUGAGAAGCAAGAAGCAGAAAAAGAAGAAACAGCCUAGAGUUUGAAUAGUUUUCCUUGUCAGCUUUGGACCCCUUUAUACAAAAAUUGUUGUCAUUGAAUUAACAUAGAAGCGUGACUAAAUCUUAAAUGGGCAUUUCCAUUGUGAACCACUGGGUUGGAGAUUGAAAAGGGUCUGCUACAUGUGAACAGCAGAAGAUUUGGCCUUUAAAGUUAACCAAAUUUCUUUUAUUAUCUAGUCAUAACUGUACAAAAAUAUAAGCAUAAAAAGACUAUCAUCCACAUUUAUCCAACCUAUUUUGCAAAACUAAUUAGGAAAUUGUCAAAGUAAGAGCUUUCCAGUCAACUACCAGUAAUGCUGUGUGUAUCCACACAGUUCUGAACCACAGCAGUCUUCUACAGAAACAGUGUUGGCCAACUUAUUCCCUGUGUACCAAGAACAAUCCUCAUGGUCAGUACAUUGCAGUGUUUAAAGGAACUGAUUCUGUAUGUCAGAAGUAAAAAGAAGUCACAUCAAUGUCAUCAGAAUGCAGAAACAGAUGUUGAGACCUGGGCCAAUGAAAUCUUGUGUGUCUGAAUUCUACUUAAAUUGGAAAAAAAAACCAAACAAAAGAUCCUGGAAACUUUUACCCUAUUGCUGCCUGACACGGAAUACAUUUUGUUAACAGUGACAUUCUUGGCUCAAAGUUCCCAAGGCACCAGCAUUCCAGAGUUGUGUCUCAGCAGUUCUGGUCUUCAGUUUAAUGGAACUGGCAUUCAGGUACCCAGUUCAGACAUCAAAUGACUGUUUUCCA